AUUAUUUCCCCAUGUUGUGUUUUCAGCUUGCUGCUGCUCGUGUUGCUAUGAUUGUUGACUGACAUUCACUGCUACUCACUGGUUUCCUUUAUUUUUCCUGCUUUUUCUCACUUCCAACCUUCAAAGAGACACAACUUCAGUGACCAGGCAGUAGGCUCUGCUAUUCCUCCCACCCCAUAAACAGGCAGCCAACUUGACAUCCGGACUGGUCUACCUGGGGAUUUUUUAUGCACCUCGCUGCCUUUCUGGUCCGCCGGGAGUAGUUAAAGAACCACUCCCCACAACCCUCAUUGAACUGACAACAAGAGAUCUGGGGCCUUCCAGUGGUUGCUGCCAAGAUGUCCGACCAGUCAGUCCUGCGUAUUACUCGGGACAUCAAGCAGUUACAGCAAAGUGCAGACCUCUCUCUCGCGGUGUAUUGUGACGAGUCAGAUGUCCGCACCGUCAGCGCGCUCAUCCUGGGACCCCCAGAAUCGCCUUACCAGUUCGGCUUCUUUGAGUUCGCGAUUAAAUUCGGCAAAGAUUAUCCAGCAAGCCCUCCUACUGUCAAGGCAGUGACUACGAAUGGAGGAAGAUGCAGGUUCAACCCAAACAUCUAUGCUUCUGGCAAGGUUUGCUUAUCGAUUCUUGGAACCUGGCGUGGUGAAAGUGGGGAGCAGUGGUCGUCGGCUCAGGGAUUAGAGUCAAUUUUGAUCUCGAUCCAGAGCUUGAUGUCUGCUAAUCCAUACGAGAAUGAGCCUGGCUAUGAGAAUGCCAACAUGGAAUCGGAUUUGACGAACAUGAAGUCCUAUAUCGCCAAGAUUCGCCAUGAGACUCUACGAAUUGCUGUUAUGGCGCCUCUGGAACGGACAUUGGGCAUCAUGUCGAAUGGGAAAGUUAUUCCACCUAGAUUCAGGAAACCAUUUGAAGAACGGGACGAAGAAGAAGAUUUUGGUUUUUCAGGAAGUAUUCUGCCCUAUGACCCGUUUACGGAUAUUCGCAAGAGACGAUUCCUGUGGUAUUUCGAGUCGUAUAUGCAGGCCAUCGAUGCCGCGGAACAGGAGAAGCCUGGAAAGCGUAAAUUCGAAAGAAUGCCUUUUGAAUCGACCGGGAACGCCAUGGACGGAAAUUUCGACUAUGCUGAGCUGAGGCGAAGGCUUACCGUGAUCAGAAUGGUCAUUAUCCAUGAGACCCAGAAGUGGCCCGUUGAGGGACGCAAGGCUCAGGAGGAAGAAGCGGGUAUUGCGGCGAACCUGUACCGUCAGCACGAGCAGAUCAUUGAAGAUUUUAAGCGUCGAGGGAGCUUCACUGUUGACUUGGGCCUUUCGGAUGGCAACCCUUUCCUUUGGGAAUUGACAUACUUUGGUCGACCUAUGACGCACUUGGAUGGCGGUAUCUUCAAGAUGAAGGUCUACUUGAGCCCGCGGUUCCCAGAGGAACAGCCCCGUGUUUUCGUAGAGACGCCGCUCUUCCACCAUCGUGUUUCCAAAGAUAAGGUACUCUUCUAUCUUCCGCUGCGUACGGAUGAAAUGAGAUACCACAUCGAAGCAAUCGUGGAUGCUUUAGAAGACGAAUCACCGGCUUAUGAUCCGCGAACUACUGUGAACCCGGAGGCAACAAAGCUUCUCUGGGGCUCCCCUGAUGAGAAGAAGCAAUACAAACGCGCGCUGCGCCGUUCAGUGGAAAGAAGUGCUGAAGAAGCGUUUGCAUGAAUGCAUCAAGUUCAGUCGCACUUUUGAGAAUGCCACCAGCCUUGGGGUUCGAUCUGAGCCGAAUCAUUCUCAAUACCUUGCUUUGAAAUAUCAAUCGGUCUUUCAGUUUUUUGAUUCCAUCUCGCUAUAUCCCAGCAUGCGCUUUCAGGGUGUUCUUUUUCGGGUGUUUAGGAGCCACGGCACUAUUCUCCAAAUGCAUAGGGCGGAAGGAUUGCAUUGCAAUCUAAAUCAACAUAAUGAUAAUGAAUAUUUUCCCUUGGAUGUGUUGCCACGGAGUAAAGCCAGUCAUUGGCAUAUUGACAGUACUCCGAAGGGCCAUCUUAUUGUUCCCCCUUUGCAACAUGAAUGCUCUUUGUACCUAAUCUGGUCAAUAGCAAUCAAUACCACUGUGUAUUAGGGUGAAACAUGACUUGCUGCACCUAAUUUUUUUUUUAAUAUAAGAGUAAUAUUAGACUGGGC